CUAGGCCAAAACGUUGAGAUCACUGAGACGGUAGACGAGAUCUACGCUUGGGUCAUCCCUUAUCUCUACAGCAUCGUGUUCACAAUGACAAUGCAAAUGUACCUCCAAGCGCAGAUGAAAAAUGCCAUUAUAGGCGUUCUCUCCGUCAUAGCCCUGGUAUUGGACAUCGCAGUGACGUGGUGGUGUGUUAGCGUGAUGGGGGGGAUCCAUGGUGCGCUUCUAGGGCUUAAUGUUAGCUCGUGGUCAAUGGUAAUAGCCGAGUUUGUGUAUGUCUUUGGAGGGUGGUGCCCGCAUACUUGGAGUGGCUUUAGCACUGCUGCUUUUGUUGAUCUUAUUCCCAUGCUCAAGUUAUCUGUUACCUCCGGCUUAAUGCUCUGCUUAGAGUACUGGUAUACGAGCAUCCUCGUCUUGAUGUCUGGAUAUGCAAAGGAUGCGAAUAUCGCAAUUUCUGCUUUCGCCAUAUGCCAAUAUAUAUACACCUGGGAGCUGAACAUAUGCCUCGGCUUUUUUGGUGCAGCAUGGUAUGCAACUAUGUAAUUAUAUAUAUAUAUAUGUAACACUUCGUUUACAAUAUUUUGAU